CAGAGCGGCGGUCCGGCGCCGCGCUCCGCUCUCCGUGUGGCAGCGGACGAGCCGUCAGCGGAGCGGCGCUCACAUUCACGCGUCUCCAGCCAUGCAGCAGAGCGACGACGCGGAGGUUCCCGCUCUGAACGACCUGAACAACAACAGCAGCAAACACAGGAGCGGAGCGCAGGGCAGAGAUGGAUUCAGAAACCAGCAGAAAGACUCGGAGGGUUCCAUGGAAUCCCCCAACCUGGAGUUUGAAUAUGGAGACACAGACAGUCUCACGGCGGAGCUCUCAGAACUGUACAGCUACACAGAGGAGCCGGAGUUCAGUCUGAACAGAGACUACUUUGAGGAGGACUUCAGAAGCCAUGUGAACGGCAGGAGAUGGGUGGAGCUCAGUGUGGAUGACCAGAGGGCAUAUGUCAUGAGGCUGCUGGACGCUCUGGAGGUCACCGACAGAGAAAAGAGACUCAAAGUGGCUCGCGCCAUCCUCUACCUGGCUCAGGGUGUAUUUGAUGAGUGUGACACAGAAGCAGAUGUUCUUCACUGGUCUCGACACAAUAUCUUCCUGCUCUACGACAUGGGCAUCUUCACUGCUCUUCUGGAGCUCCUCAGCAUGGAGAUCGAUAAUAACCAGGCAUGUAGCAGUGCUGUCAGGAAACCUGCCAUAUCCCUCGCAGACAGCACAGAACUCAGGGUUCUGCUGAGCAUCAUGUAUCUGAUGGUGGAGACGAUCCGUGUGGAAAUGGAAGAUGACAGGCCGGAAUGGCGGAUGGCCCGAGAGGCCUUCAAAACCGAACUGGGUUCACCACUCUACAAUGGUGAACCCUUUGCUCUUCUGCUCUUCACCAUGGUAACCAAGUUCUGCAGCAUGAGCGCCCCCCAUUUCCCCAUGAAGAAAGUGCUGCUGCUGCUGUGGAAAACUGUGCUGUUCACUCUAGGGGGCUUUGAGGAGCUGCAGGCGAUGAAGGUUCGGGGCAGAGAGAAGCUGAAGCUGCCCCCACUCCCAGAGGACAGUAUAAAGGUGGUCAGAAACAUGAGGGCCGCUUCACCUCCAGCCUCCGCCAUGGAGCUCAUUGAGCAGCAACAGCAACAGAAGAGAGGACGCAGGAGCCGCAGGAGUGCCUUUGUUGAUAGCUUGGAAGGAGACAGUCCCUUUGCCAAGAAGCAGCCCCUGGUCAAGCAAGACAGCCUGGACACCUAUAACGAGCGUGACCCCUUCAAGAACGAUGACGCACGGGAUGAGGAAGAUGACGGUGAGGAUGUGGAUAGCGGCAUUGAGGGCGAGGUGGACCCUCUGGACCGUGAUGUCAUUAUCCAGCCUCCACCCCCUCCGCCCCCUCUGCGGCCCCCCACUGACCGAGUGUCCUUCCCUAAAGGGCUACCAUGGGCCCCUAAAGUCAGAGAGAAGGACAUUGAACAUUUUCUGGAGUCCAGCAGGAACAAGUUCAUCGGCUUUACUCUGGGAAAUGAUACAGAAACACUGGUUGGGCUUCCCAGGCCUAUUCAUGAGAGUGUGAAGACUCUUAAACAGCAUAAGUACGUCUCCAUCGCUGAAGUGCAGAUCAAGAGAGAAGAGGAGCUGCAACAGUGCCCAAUGACCAUGGGGGAGGAGGAAGUGGAAGAAACUCCUGCAGAAAUUUUAUAUGUGGGGAUGCUCCCCAGCCUUUCUCAGUAUGUGAUUGCCCUUUUGAAGCUUCUUCUGGCUGCAGCACCAACUUCCAAGGCCAAGACUGACUCUAUCAACAUCCUCGCUGAUGUUCUUCCCGAAGAGAUGCCGAUCACUGUCCUCCAGAGCAUGAAGCUGGGCAUUGACGUAAACAGACACAAGGAGAUUAUUGUGAAGGCCAUCUCUGCUCUGCUGCUGCUGCUGCUCAAGCAUUUCAAGCUCAACCAUAUCUACCAGUUUGAGUAUGUGUCUCAGCAUCUGGUGUUUGCCAACUGCAUCCCCCUCAUUCUCAAGUUCUUCAAUCAGAACAUCAUGUCCUAUAUCAGUGCCAAAAACAGUAUAUGUGUGCUGGAUUUCCCUCACUGUGUGGUCCAUGAGAUGCCCGAGCUAACUGCCGAAAGCCUGGAAGCUGGAGACAGUAAUCAGUUCUGUUGGAGGAAUCUGUUCUCCUGCAUCAAUCUACUGCGAAUUCUCAACAAACUCACUAAGUGGAAGCACUCUAGGACGAUGAUGCUGGUGGUGUUUAAGUCUGCUCCAAUCCUGAAGAGGGCACUAAAAGUCAAGCAAGCUAUGAUGCAGCUCUACGUACUCAAACUCCUCAAGAUUCAGACGAAGUACCUCGGCCGGCAGUGGAGAAAGAGCAACAUGAAGACCAUGUCAGCCAUCUAUCAGAAGGUCCGCCAUCGGCUUAAUGAUGACUGGGCCUAUGGGAAUGAUAUCGAUGCUCGGCCAUGGGACUUUCAGGCAGAGGAGUGUGCCCUGCGGGAGAGCAUCGAGAAGUUCAACACCAGACGCUACGAUAAGAACCAGAACAGCGAGUUUGCGCCCGUGGAUAACUGCCUGCAGAGUGUGCUGGGUCAGCGGGUGGAGCUGCCUGAGGACUUCCACUACAGCUACGAGAUGUGGCUGGAGAGAGAGGUCUUCUCGCAGCCCAUCCAGUGGGAGGGCCUGCUGCAGUCCCAGUGAUGGAGCUACAGUGAAAAAUAGAGGUGGAAAAGGACAUUUUAACCCAAACUAGACUGAAACAACUUACUCUGGGUUUACAAGCAGCUCACACGCACAGAAGUACCCACACUUGGUCUCUUAAAUACACGCAAGCAUGCAGACAGAGCACCUGUGCCAACUGUAUUCUUCAUGUAAAUGAAUGCUUGUAAAUAGAGAUGUUCAAAUACAGUGUAUGGGCUUUGAAAUGGUAACCCUCCUUUACUGGUGAUUGAUGAUAAUAUAAGCACAUUAUCUGGGCAUGAUGCAUUAAGUGAUGCUACAAAAAUAUUAAUAUUUAUCACAAUGUCAACUCCUCA